CCUUCCCCCACCACAGGUUGAAUAACCCCACGUGAUAGCUUUGGCGACGACGGCUUCCCUGCUGGCGUACCUGGAUGUCGCAGCCGCAUGCCCCUACGGAUAUCGGCAUCAAACACCAACAAGCUCGAGUUUGUGCAUAUUCAUGCAGCAUUGGAGAUAGUGCAUCGAUCGAAACUUGUUAAACGGACCCGAUAGAUCGCCAAGACGCCGCAUUCGCCCUCCUGCAUAACUCUCGUCCCCACGCGCAUCUCCUAUUUGCCAGCAGACUUGCCUGCUCGUUGGAUGAGAAUUCCGCAGCAUACACGCCAACUAUAGCCCAUAUACAGCUCUGAACAUAUUCCUUUAGCUGUAAAUUAUGGCAUCCCCGGCCGAACUGGACCCGCCGCCAGAUAUUGUCCCAACCAGAGAGGGCACGCACGACCAAGAUGUAUCAUCCGACUCUGAUGAUCAAUUCACCGAUGCACGUUCAGCACCAAUGACACCAUUCCGCAGUCCCGCCAUGCCAAAAGGAAUAGACGGCUUCUCCGCCAUGCAUUCGUCGGCAGACAACGCCGAUGACGACGAUGAUGAUACACACGACACAACACCAGCAGCCGACGCAAAGCAACACACAAGUAUAGAACCUAGUAAAGAAGAUGCUGCAGAUGAAGAAGAUGAAAAUGAUGACGACAAGCCACCCGCUGCAGUGGAAGAUGCAGAAGACGAGGAGGAGGAUGAGGAUUUCGGUGACGAUUUCGAUGAUUUUGAAGAGGGCGCUCAAGACGACGAUUUUGACGACUUUGAAGAUGGUUUUCAGCAGCCGCAAGCGCCGGCGCCUGCACCACAACCACAAGCACCUCAAAUUAAGGCCCUGCCAUUUGCUAUCCCCGAUUUUGACGGACUGGGUCCAGACGAAGUCAUGUCGACAAGCGAUCCCCUCCUCACGGCACUCUUUCCUCCCGAAACUCUCGAUAUUCCCACACUACCUCCUCUUUCGAAAGACUCAUCCGUAUUCCUGACUCCUCGAUCAGCCUCGCUCUGGUCGCAGCUAGUCGCACCGCCUCCGCUGGCGCCUCCAGACUGGAUCCGAUCCCGCACACGACGGCUAUUCCUAGUCUCGCUCGGCGUACCUGUCGAUCUUGAUGAAAUCCUCCCAGCGUCGAAACAGAAGAAACUCGUCCUCCCAUCACUCAACCUCUCUGCAACAUCACCGCGCACCUCAUCAGACUCGCGGUCCGUCAGCAACCUCCGCCAAGGCGACGGCAACGCCUCCACUACAUCACUUGAUGCACAGGGCAAGCCAUCAGCAUCAUCUACAUCUAAGCGUAAAAAGGGCCCUGCGCCGGAACCGGAGUUGGACCUUGUGGCGGCCAAGUAUCUAUGCAGCACGACAGACGAGGCGCUCGAUGGCAUGACGGACGAGGAGCUCAUGGCUCACAUCGUGAAGCUGGAAGCUUUGGAGGGAGUGGCAAAAGAAGCCCUAGAGUAUUGGCAAAAGAAGACAGAUGAAAAAAUUGGCGAUCGAGAAGCAUUUGAAGGCGUUAUUGAGAAUCUGGUCAAGCAUGCGCGUAAAGUACGAAAGUAGCCAAAAGCGCUACGUCUUAAUUAUUUAAAAACCACCACGACACCGAUAGCUGGUGUAAAUAAUACAUCAUCACAUACACAUGAGAUACAUUGCAAGCCUAGUCCCCCAUUUUGGAUGGAGUAUUUUGACAAAGAUAUACUGAUUUUUUUCUCAUUGCUCUAAAGAUAAAACGUCUACACCUACAUGACAGCCCACACUCCGAAAAAUUCAACCAAGCUUUUCUUUCCAGGAGCUUCGCUUCUGUUCGAUCUCUUUUUUUCCGAUCGUUGUCGUUUGAUAGCACCUCAUCAUCAAUCAUGUCACUUAGCCGCCGUCGCCAUAACGUCAAUCACGCUAGGGACUGCACCUUGGUAUAUAUGGUGUGUGCAGAUGGCUGAGGCCUUCUCUUCAUGCUCGUUUCAUUAUGUUUUGUUUUGAAUUUAAGAAGAAGUGCUAGGCUGAAGAGUGACACCACUAAAAAAGAAGAAGAAAUGUUAGCACGGACUUGUACAAGUCAUUUGAGGAUUGCGCAGGGAAAAGAAAAAAGACUUACGCAGCAAUAGUGGCCCAACCAAUGAGACGCCAGUGCUUCUCGAUACGGCGCGAGAGAGCGACCUUCUCGCCGAUGCUUGUGCAGGCAGGGCUGGUGAGGACCAACUUGGCGGCAUCGUUCUUGAUGGCAACAACCUUGGCACCAGUAGAGGUGGAACCAAUGUUGACCAUGAUGACUUCGUUCUUGGCCAGCUUGGCAACCUUGGCCUGUUUGCCAUCGGCGGUGCGGACACCGAGAAGACGGCGGAGGAGGUAGAAGUUGAUUUCGAUCUCGCUGUAGAUCUCGGGGAGCUUGCCCUUGAGACCUAGGACGAAACCGACAAGACGAUCGGCACGGCAGAGGGUAGGGUCAAUGCGGGUACCAACACCAAUCAAGCCACCGGGAACGGCGUACUUGAGGUCGUUGGACUCGGAGUUGAGCGACACAACGCGCGAGAAGAUUGGAGUGCACUUGAUGGCACCGCCGUCGUCACGCGAGACAAUACCGGGACGGAUCUCGACCUCGUCACCGAGCUUGACGACACCGUGGAGGAUAGAACCACCAGCAACACCACCUUUGAGGUCGUCAAUCUCAGCACCGGGCUUGUUGACGUCAAAGGAUCGGAUGACAAUCAUGUGGGGGUCCAUGGUGAAGUCUCUCAGAGGGACAGGGAUGGUGUUAACAAUGGCCUCGUUGACGGCGUCAAUGUUGAACUUGAGCUGGGCAGAGAUGGGGAUGACGGGAGACUUUCCGGCAACGGUACCACGGAUGAACUUGAGGAUGGAGUCAUAGUGCUGCUGGGCAGCUUCCUCUCUCAUCAAGUCGACCUUGUUCUGCAGGAUAAUGAUCUUGUCGAGCUUCAUGAUUUCGAUAGCAGCCAAGUGCUCCGAAGUCUGGGGCUGGGGGCAAGAUUCGUUGCCGGCAAUGAGCAGCAGGGCGGCGUCCAUGACGGCGGCACCUGACAACAUGGUGCUCAUGAGAAUAUCGUGACCAGGGCAAUCGACAAACGAGACGUGGCGGAGGAGUCUGUAGGUACCGCUGCAGCCAUCGCGUUCGCAAGCAGGGUCGACCUCCUUGUCACUCUUGUAGCUUCUGAAGCAGGUAGGGCGGGGGCACUGCUCAUUGUCGCACUUGUAAAUCUUUGCGUUGGCGUAACCAAGCUUGAUGGUAAUGUUACGGAUAAGCUCGUUCUUGAAACGGACAGUCUGGACGCCGGAAAUGGCUUUUACGACGGUAGAUUUUCCGUGAGCGACGUGGCCGAUGGUGCCGAUGUUGAUUGUGGCCUGGCGGGCGAUAAUUUCAGGAGUGAGAGGGGUGAGAGUCUUGACGUCGAGAUCCUUGGGAUCAGUUUGCGGGGGCAGCGGGGGCUUGACGUUGGUCUCUUCGCGGACGCCGUCGUUCUUCUUGAGGGCCGACUUGAGGCCCUUGUCGGUAGGGACGUCGAUGGACUCGCCCGAGUCGGAGUCGGAGUCGAUGUCGUACUUGCGUUCGCCGUUGGCAUCCAUGUUGGCGAGGCGGGGCAGGUUGACGGGCUGCGCACUAGGAGGAGGGGUGGUUUGUCGAGAAACUAAAAAAAAGCUUGAAAGGUCGGAGAGGUUAAAUCGAGUUCGGAUGCAGCGAGAGGGGGAUGGAUUCGGCGGGGGU